AACAACGAGCAGCUGCCUAUAGCUAAUCCCAGCGUACCAAACUCUCCUGUGUAUGCAAAUUAUUCCUCAGCAUAUUCUCCUCCUCCCAGCUGGACCUCGAACCCAGUGACAGGAACCCCUGCCAACCCCGUCACGGAUGUGAACCAGUAUAGACCAAGUGCGG